GCAUGCAUCAUUAAGCCUCGUGGCCGUGGGCGAGCGCCGGCAGGACAUGUUGUUGUCGUCCCCCUCCAUCCCUUGGACAACGUCAUCGUCCUCCUUCACAAGUAUGCCGUACGCCACAGGAGCCGACCUCCCUCCAGAGCUGCUUUCCCGAAUUCUCUACUUCCUCACUCCUCCUGACACAUGCAGAGUUCGCGCGAGCUACUCAUUCGAGCUCUCGUGGAACGAAUAUAGGAGCUUGAAGCGUGGACUUGCUGCGCCCAGCCUUGUGUGCAACCACUGGUCGGAGGCGACCAGGCCUCUCCUCUUCUCAAGGCUCCAAUUGAUCAGCGCAGAGGACGUACGUAUGUUACGGAACGUCGUUGACAGUCCCCGAUUCCGGACGUCGUCUCUAUCGGACGCAAUCCAGCUUGUGUCAAUAUAUCAGGAGACUGCUUCGACGAAGCCGGCAUGGCUCCAUCACGUCCAUUGGCUGACAUCUCGACUUCAAGAAACGCUGUUCAACUGUUACGUCAAGAGUCCUACGGAUGGUUCUAGUCCAGUGACCUGUUCCAUUCGUUGCCCAGGGUGCCCACCCUCCAGUCUGCGACUCACCGCCCUUGCGCUCGUGAAGCUACGAUUUGCCAGUGCGACAGAGCUUGCGCUGCUCGUUGACAGCUUCCCAUCACUCCAGCAUUUCGCUUGCAACCAACUGACCUUCAUUGACCCAUCACCGGUCAUCCAGUCACGCAGGAGUCCGCGAAUGUCUUUAUGGUCUCUCAUCGAAUGCCAAGUGUCGCAAUGUGAGGCAAUACCACUUUUCGCGAAAGCAGCACUUGCCUCUGACGUCCUCUCGAUUGCCACCCGCGUCGGCCUCGACGCCGACAUAUGGGACGCCGUUCUUCAUGCACUGCUUGCAUUGGCACCCGGAACAUUUCAAGAUGCGCGCGUUAACAUCCAGGUGGCGAACGUUACUCUCGCUCCAAGUAUGGACGACACGAUCUCGCGGCUUGGCAUCUACAUUUACGCCGAUAUUGGAGUACCGCAGAUGACUGCAGGCCAAGGUGUUGGGCCUCCAUCCGCAGUCAUCGACUAUAUCUACCCCCAGCUUUCGCUCACUGACGCCCAGGCCAUGGAAUCCCUUCAUUUCGACGCCUUCCGUACGAUCGUUGAUGCUCCACUCUUCGACCGUCUUCAUUUCCAGAGCGACACACUGGAUAGUCUGGAAUGCGACGCCUUCAAAGCGAUCCUGCGCUCCGUCUUGCAGGGGACGCAGUUGGACUGGGCUCUCAAGUCAGACAAACUCAAGUUCGAGUUUCCUGAUCCCCAGGGUUUCCGUGUUCUCAACAGUCAGGGCAUCCUAUCCCUGCAAGCGAGCUCGGAGCAUACUAUCGACGACGUCACGAUCACUCUCGACGCCGCUGAGCAAGUCGAGUGGAUUAUCCGCGAUGGUCAGGGAGAGAGUGAUGAAUACCUAGGGGAGCUUGUAGAUAAACGCGCGAGC